UCCUGUCCUGAGUGUCCCUUUAAUAGCUGCUGGCCUGGCCCAGCUUGGCGCCUGCUUUACCUCCCGUUCAGCUGUGGCUGCAGCUGCUGUGCUGACUCACGCGCCCUAGCCGCAGGCAGGAUCUGGGAGCAUGGGCUCCCCAGGGGCCGUGGUGGGCUGGGGGCUUCUGGAUUACAAAACGGAAAAGUAUGUGAGGACCCGGAACUGGCGGGUGGGCGCCUUGCAGAGGUUGCUGCAGCUGGGGGUCAUGGUCUACGUGGUGGGGUGGGCCCUCCUCACCAAAAAAGGCUACCAGGAGCAGGACCUGGACCCCCAGAUUUCUGUCAUCACCAAACUCAAAGGGGUUUCCGUAACCCAGAUCAAGGAGCUGGGGAACCGGCUGUGGGAUGUGGCUGACUUCGUGAAGCCACCACAGGGAGAGAACGUGUUCUUCUUGGUGACCAAUUUCCUUGUGACGCCAGAACAAGUUCAGGGCAGAUGCCCAGAGCACCCCUCCAUCCCGCUGGCUAGCUGCUGGGCCGACCAGGACUGUCCUGAAGGGGAGACAGGGACCCACAGCCACGGCAUAAAAACGGGCCAGUGCGUAGUGUUCAACGGGACCCACAGGACCUGUGAGAUCCGGGGCUGGUGCCCAGUGGAGAGUGGUGCUGUGCCCGUGAAGCCCCUGCUGGUCCAGGCGGAGAACUUCACGCUGUUCAUCAAAAACACCAUCACCUUCAGCAAGUUUAACUUCUCCAAAUCCAAUGCCUUGGACACCCAGGACCCAACAUAUUUCAAGCGCUGCCGCUAUGACCCGCGCUCCAGCCCCUCCUGCCCUGUGUUCCGCAUCGGGGACCUCGUGGCCGCAGCUGGAGGGGUCUUUGAGGACCUGGCGCUGCUGGGCGGUGCCAUGGGUGUCCAUGUCCACUGGAACUGCGACCUGGACGCCAGGGGCUCUGACUGCUGGCCCCACUACUCCUUCCAGCUGCAGGAGCGGAGCUACAACUUCAGGACGGCCACUCACUGGUGGGAGGCCUCGGGUGUGGAGGCCCGGAGUCUGCUAAAGCUCUACGGGAUCCGUUUUGACAUCCUUGUCACUGGGCAGGCAGGGAAGUUCGGGCUCAUCCGCACACUCGUCACUCUGGGCACAGGAGCAGCUUGGCUGGGCGUGAUCACCUUCCUCUGUGACCUGCUGCUGUUGUACGUGGAUGGAGAAGCUCAUUUCUACUGGAGGACUAAGUAUGAGGAGGCAAAAGCUCCAAAGGUGACUGCCAGCCCUGAGCAGACAAAACCGGCAUCUGCACCCCUGCACCUGGCUGCCCAGGCUCCUUAGAGGGGGCCCAGCGCCUGUCCCAACGGCCAGGGCUGCUACCAGGAGCUGGACACCAAAGCCUUGGCCCUGACCCCCACUUGCUGGCCCAUUCCUGAAGCCUGUUCCCUGCUGUUGGGGUUCGGGGCUGGGAAGGGAGGGGCCUCGCCUUGGGUACCUCAUGGAUGGAGCCCCAGCAGGACCAGGGCAGGGAGUGGGAGAAUUCCAUCCUUCAACUCCCAGGUACACUGUCCCUGCCCUGACUCUGGCCUUGGCAGGGUACUGCCCAGGGAGCAGCAGAAGCCACUAUUGCAGAGACCUGCAGCGGAACAUGUCCCACGGCACUGGUCACAAGGGCUCCAGCUGUGUCUGGAGAACUCUCUCCCAGCUCUGUCACCAGGGCUUCCAGCAGCAGCCCACUCACCAGUGGUCAGCACAGACCCUCCACUGGCUGUGCAGACUCCAACCCUAUCCCCCGGCAGCACCCCCAUUGUAGGUAGAGCCCCCACCCUCUCAGCGCUGUUCUAGGGUCUGUGCUACCAUAGUCUAGGGCAGGGUAGAAAGACAUCUGACAAGAGGGCCGUCCCUGCUGCUCUGGUGCUGGGUGCCUGGGGCUCAUCCCCACCCAGUGUGGGGUGGUCAUCCAUGGAAUUCAGACUGGGGCAGGCAGAUGACCCAACCCACUAGGACCAGGCAAUGGCGCAUGCACCAGCCCUUCCCGGUGGCAGCCCUCAGACUGUGGAGGGCUGGGGUUGGGAGAAGAGGAUGGAGAAGUUGAGUUGGUGGUCAUUGGGUCCUUUGGGACUGUCUGUGUGCUCCUUGGUGACACCCAGCCCAACCUCCUGGAACUUGUGGGGGUGGGGAGAAUGUAUAUCUGGAAUUCACUGCUACCCAAGGUCAUACACCUAAGAAUGAGCCUGAGGCAACUGCUCGAAGGAGGCCCCGUCCUUCACUUCGGGUGGAGCCCAGUGGCCAGAAGGAAUGCCCCAAACAAAUUCCAGAGGCCCCGGCAGGCUGGCCUGGAUCUGGCUGUGACGUCCUCACAGGGUCUGAGUCCUGCCCACUGGAGAACUCCCCAUGCUGCAGGGAGCCUACAGCUGUGAGGGAGGGACUGGCUGCAGGGGUCUGACCCUGUCUUGGCCCCAGGGCAGUGGCAGGGGUUUGGGAGUACCCACCUGGGAGGCGGGGGGCUGCUUUAAGGGGCCCGGUGACCAGGCAUGUUGGCCGCUUGCCGGGGCAGUGACAUGGGCAAGCUGGGGAGGGCAGGAUUGGGGUUCAGCCUGGGCUAGCAUCUGGAACCAUCUGGCAUCUGGAGCCUCAGCAAAGCCUUGGGGUCCCUGCUGCCUCUCAAUCCCCAGAGCAGAGUCCCUGGGGAGGCAGGCCACAAAGGUCAGGGUGAGAGAACAUGGCCCUGAGGUCUUUACCGGGGCGGGGUCCCAUGUACGGGGCCCAAAGAAAGCUGAUGUAUGGCUUCAGGAUCCAGGAGUAAAGCCGGUCGACAGCAGCUUCCUGCGUGCUCCUUACAGGCAGAGACGGGAGCCAGCAGUACCUGUGGUGGGCACAGCACCACCUGGGAGACCAGUGGGCAGUGCUGGGUGGGCCUGGGGCCAAGGACCAGCGGGGCUGGAAGGCACUUGGGGCAGGUUCAGGCUCUUGCGCACCCAUCCCCUGGGGCAGCUGGAGAGCAGCACCAGGGUCUGAGCUUGGAUACAGCUGCUGCCUCAGUCUGCACACAGUGCGCACCCCAGGGUAGCCGCGCGGGCACGUGGAUGUGUGCUUGAAGCUGUGUGUGUGCCUGUGUGCGUGUGCCUCUGCCUCCCCAGGCAGGCCUCAGGCACAUACCAUGCUCUGGAGAAACCAAGGGGACCCCGAACUCUGCUGUCCUUUCUAGGUGGCCUCCUUGGGGCCCGGGCACUUCUGUCUGGACCCAUCCCCCAGAGGAGGGGAGCCUGACACUGCCCCUCUGUACCUGGUGCAUAUGGGUGUAUGUAUAGCGCCUUCUGAGCAGGGCAGAGGGCACUGGCCUGAGUGUCCUCGACUCAGGGCUGUCCCAGGGCUGGCAUCUCCCCCUUGCAGAACUUCUGCACAUUUGCUUUGCAUUGGGGACAAUCGCGUGGUUCCUGGGGGCAAGUGAGGACUCAGUGCCGCAAAGAACAAUGGACACGACACAGGCCACAUGGCUGGCUAAGCAGUUAUUAUCAUGGAUCCCUGAGGCUGGGGCUUCUUCCCCACCCACCCUACCCCGCCUGCCCAGGUUGCUGGAGUUGGUCAUAAACUGGAAGGCACUGCGCAAAGAGUCCACCACACGAGCGCUGGCCACACCGGCUCCAAAGACUCGAAGCUCGGCCCCUGAACUACAGUCCGAAGGACCCCCUAGUGUGGGCAGGCCCGCAAACCGGAGCUGCCUUGGAUGGAGGGCAGGCAG